AUGAAGGUUCUAGCAGCACUUUGGGCAGUGUCUCUUGUGAGACUAUGUCACUGUGGAGAGCUCGGUAAGGUAGAUUCUAGCCUAUUUAAUGUCCUGUGCUCUGUUGAGGACCAUGUUAAGGUUCUCAAGCUUACACCCAAGAAGGGUACUAAGGUUACUGAGCUUACCUAUGGAGAUGAAAUAGUUUGGGAAGAUAAGAAGAAAACAUGUCUUUCAGCUAUCUUGUACUUUGAUGAUGAGAAACCUACUCUUGCUGUUUUAGAAACAAGGAAUAAGAAUAAUAAGCAGGGGACAGUCUACAAGCACCUUGAUGGUAGUAAGUGGCAGAAUGAUAAAGAAGAUGACCAUAAGAAGAAGCUUGGGGCAUUGAAGGAAGAUUAUAAGCCUAUUGGUAAGCCUGAAGAAAAUCCACCUGUUUCCUCUGCUCCUUUGGAACAAGAUACCCUGAAUAUUUCUAGAGUAGAUCAAUCAAACCUCGAAUAUUUCGAGUAUUACUAUGAUGAUAAUCUAAUUCAAUUCAUUGCUCCCAAGAAGGGUGUUAUUGUUAGAAAGUUGGUGAAUGAUACUCUAUGGACUCCUGAAAAGGAAGAAAAGUUCGAGUACUCCAAGCUAUAUCUUGAUGGGAACAGAAAACUUGGACUUAUCCUUAUUACAAGCAACUUUUCUUCAGAUAUAAAAUACAGAUACUUCAUCAAGAGUGAAAUAAAAUGGGAAUGUGCAAGAGACUAUACUGAAAAAAUGAAGUCUCUAAAGGUCGUUCCAGCUGGCAAGACUGAUAUGUCUAUUGACUUAGCCAAGGUGGAGGAGACAGAUGAAUGCAGAGUAGUUAAUGUUGAACUUCUGAAGGUGCAUACACGUUAUUAUAUACCAAAGCUAGGGUACCUUGUCAAGGAAGUAACAAAUGGUGAAGAUGCCAUCUGGACUGCCACUGGAGAAGAGAGAUGUACAUCUUGUGCUAUAUAUUCCAAGAAUGAUGUCCAUCUACUCGCUCUUUUUAUAAAGAGUGGGAACAAUUCUGAUAAUAAAUACUUUGAAAAGGUCGAUGGAAAGUGGAGUUUCAUAUCCAAGGAUUUUUUCUUCAAGAAGUAUGAUGAGAUGAAAAGUGCCUGGCAUGCAGUAGGUAGUUAA